UCGUCGAACGAAACGAAAAAAAAAUCAUCUCUCUCGGCUCUAUCUCUGUCUCUCUCUCUCUCUCUCUCUGUGUGUCCGUCUCGUCUCCGGACAGUCAUCGACCGUCUCGUCCCCAUCUGCAGACGUGCGAUUGAGACGUUAUGAUAUAAUAUGAUAGUGUGUAAAUUACUCGCGACAACGAUCCGGUCUCGAGUCUGAGUAUAAUAUUAUACGUAUCAUCAAAUGGAAUAAUAUUUUUUUUAUAAUUCGUUCGGAUCCCACACGCGUCAUAUGAUAUAACGACGUCGCGAAUCGUGCACGAUAUUAUAUUAUUAUCGUCAUUGUUUUUUGUGUCGUUAACAAAAAAAAAAAACACCUAGCAAACACGCGCCCCUCGGCCUGUCACAUCUGUUCGGCGAACACAAAAGAUCCGAUCCAACAAAACAUCGUAUACACACGUCAUAUAUCACCGACGACCAAAGCUCGCGCACCUAUAUAAAAACGAUAUACACCGAGUCGCCGACAAUACGUGUCGCGAUAAUAUUGAUAUCAUUUGCUAGCCUGUCAUUUCGGUUCCGGGUCAUUUUUUUCUAUUCUACUUCCGUCUGAUCGCGUCAUCUUAUCACCGCACGACGACCAAUGGCCGUCGACGGGAAAAACGCUUCCGGCCGGCUCGCCGCCGCGACCGUCCUCUGGCUGCUCGUCGCGAUCUUCGCUAACCAGGAUUAUGUUUACUGUGAAGGAGAACAACAACAACAAUUUCAACCUUCACGACAACAACAGCAGCAAACACCAUCAACACAACUUUCACAACAACUACCACCGCAACCACAGCCACUACCACCAUCACAACUGCCACCACCACCACAGCCACAACAACCAUCAAAUCAGCAAGUAGACCUAUCACAACCACUUGGAAUAUUAGGUCCACUAAUGAAUAAUAAUGGAAAUGAUAUGCAACCAAACAUAAAUCGAUUUCCUGGACAAUCAAUUAAUCCUGAUUUCGGAUCCAUACCAAUAACACAACUACAACAAACACCAAGCAAUGUCGGAGGUCCAUCGGAUAUGCUGGGUGGUGUGCAAAUACCGUCGUUUUCUGGUGGUCCAUCCAUGGUUCCCGUUACCCAGGCUGGUGGUGGUCCAUCACUGGCGCCGAGCUUCGAUGAAAAUAACUUAUCUCAAGGAAUAAACCAACAGUUUCCCUUAAACUCGCCAUUUGAGUCGAACCCUAACCAAAACCCUAACCCUAACCUUAACCCUAACCUUAACCCUAACCCUAACCUUAACCCUAACCCUAACCCUAACCCUAACCCUAACCCUAACCAUAACCCUAACCUUAACACUAACCUUAACCCUAACCUUAACCCUAACCAUAACCCUAACCCGCAACCAGACCAAAAUCAAUGGAGGCCACUGCCCAUACAUGUUAACGAACCGACGAAUAACGCGCAAGGCCCUAUGGUUAACCUUCAACAAAAAUACCCGGAACAAAAUUUACAACAGAGACCAAAUAUGAUGUCGGUUCCGUCACAUAUACAAUAUCCACAGAAUCGUUACCCUGGGUCACCCCAUGGGCCACAAAUGGGCCAACAGAUCCAGUCACAGAUCCCGAGACCAUAUCAGCCUCAAUAUUAUUUCAAUAGAAAUGCUGACAAUAUGUACGAAGUUCCAGUGUCAACCAAUCCACCUGCAGGUUAUCCAGGACAGUCGCUCUCAAACAUGAACUUUGGAGACCUGAUGCAUCCCGCGCAGUUGUUCACUAAUAUGAUGCCGGAAACCCCGAUGGACUUAAUGCAGAAGCCGAUCGGCAUGAUUCUCAACUCGGUCGACAAGCUGGGUAAGUACGGCGAGGGUGUAAAGGAGGGCUUAACCAACGCGUUGAGGGAAGUGGUCACCAAAAUAUUCAACCAAGGCCAGUCGGGAGCGAAUAAAGUGUUUGAUAUUGGCUUGAAAGGAACCAAUGCCGCCAUAGACUUCGGCCGAAGGAUUUUGAUUCCGGAUUCCAGGAAUCCGCAGGUGGGCGAUCCCGGUGCCAGGUAUAACACGCCGCAGCUGAGCAUGCCGCCGGGCUACAGCUUCAACCCUAAUCAGUUGCCAUCCGCCCACAUGGGCUAUGGUAUGCAGCCUCACGAAGGGUCAGGGCAGUUCGCGGGUGGCAACGGUAACGGCCAAAUGCCCUCCGCACAGGGCACCGUUCCGCAAAAUGAGUACCCGCCACAGAGGUCAGGGCCGAACUAUGGCGUGAAUAACCCCACCAGCAGCCCACAGCCGAUCGUCCACUACGUCCAGGGCUAAGGGCACUCACGUGGUGCCGAGUGUUCCCAAGCCACCGUUAUCCUCAGCCUUUUAAAAUAUUAUCCUCUCCGCAUAUUCUCACUCGCCUUCACGUCACUAUACUUUAUAAUAUAAGACGUAUACUUGCAUUAUUAUUUAUUACCAGGAGGGCUGGGAUUUUAAUUUCCUAAACAAAACGCAAAAAUAUUAACUUGGAACUAUAUAUUUGAAAAAUGAAUUUCUUAUAGCUUAGGAACUAAAAAACAAAAUAAAUUAAAUAAGUAUUUUUAAAAAAAAAUUAUUAGUACAAAGGUACUGCAUAUAGAUAGGUUGGAUGGCAGUACAAUAAGUGUAGUAUUUUGCCUAUUUCGUACCAUAUUUUGUAGACAUGAGAACGGCGGUCGACUAGUGUUGCAUAAUAAUAUGUACCUAUAGGUAUCUGUAGCUAAGUACCGAUAUUAUGGCUUAUAAUACAACGAUAAAUUGUAUAAUUAUUUGUGAAAAAUUAAUUACAUACAUCAAAGAUUCCCUUAAGUUUUUAAUUCCGUCAAAUUUGUCAAACAAUGCAAAAUAAAAAUUUAAGAAAACAACCAGAAUCACAUAAAACACAUUUUCCACUUGUGGAGCUGUUUUACAGCACCAGAUACAAGAAAAUUACAUAUAAUUUAUUAUAUCAAAAUCUCAGCCCUAAUAAUUACUUACCAUAAACUUCACCUCGCCGUUAUAGAAUAUUCAAUUUGGCACCUGUUCUUUAUAGCGUAGUUUCAAUUAUUGUUAUUAUUAUUAUUAUUAUUAUAUUUUAGAACAUGCACAAGUUGAUACUAUAUGUACAUAUAAUUGUGUCCGAAAUAAAAUUAAAACAUUGUAGAAAUGUAAAAAGACAAAAGGCACAUUAUGAUAACAAUGCUACAGACUAAUAAACUAGCUUAUGGCUCUAUAGUAUUUUUUGUUCCAAAACUAUUAAUGUUCAUUUAAAUAGGUACCACAAUUUUUACAGUGUUUUUUUCAAUCGUUAGUAAAAAGCAAUUAUUUUUCCUUCAUUAAAUUAUGAAAUAAAAGAACCCUUUUUAUGAAUUAGCUGCACGUUCAGCUUGAGUUAAUUUUAAUCAUGAACACAAUAAUGAUGUGGGUACCAUGUGCCUAAGUAUUAUUACUUUUAUUAGUGUUUAUAAUAUGAUACACAAAAUAUGUAACUAUAAGUAUAAAGUAUAGAUGGUAUGGUGUGUAUUAAAUAUAUUUAUUCAUAGUAAAUAAUAAUUACAAUUUUUAAUUUGAAAACAUAAUAGAACUUUGGGAGCACAUUUUAAUUGCACUGUGAUUAAUUAGAUUUUAGAAGGGAGUAGCAGAGACGCAGAGUAUAAUAAUAAUAAUAAUUGUUAAUCUGGCAACCAUAAAAUAUACAAUUUAUAUUACAGUUUAGUGUAUACUGUACCUACCUGGUCAACUUCAUACACCAAUUCCUGUGCAAUAUUAUAGGUCGUGUUGAGUGCAGUCAUGUUCACCGACAGUGUAAGGUCUUAGAAAAACAAAAUGCAAAUAAACCGAAUAAAAAUAUAAAAAUAUUUUAUAUUUUGAUUUUUCUGACUGUUUUUCCAUGUCUACGCAAUGCUUUAAAAUUAGCUAUCAAGCUUGUGAAUUCAAAAGUUGGUUUAUUCUUUUUUAAACUAACUACAACUAACUGCCUAACCCAGAUUGAUUUAGUUAAAUCAAAAAAUGUAGUACAUUUACAUUUUUUAAAUAGAUAUUUUGUGGUAGUUUAGAAAUAUACUAGUGGAAUUUGGAAAUAUACAAAUGGAAAUCAGUCAUAUAAAUGAUAUACCUACUUUAUUACUUUGAAGUACCUACUUACUAAGUAAAUAAAAUUUCCAAUUAAUAUUUAUAAGUUUCCUUAAAAUUGUAGAAGUAUGAGCAGCUCCUUUUAUAAGGAAAUGCAAGAAAAAAUAAGUACAAAAGAAAAAUAACACGUUAUGAAACUAUAAACAUUCCACAAUUCAAAUACCUAAUGAAUUUUGAGUUUCAGUUAUUUUUCAAAAUAUAUUUUUAAAAAAACCAUAUACUUGCACAUUAUAAAUAUAACGUUUAACUUAUCACAAGACUCGUGCACUUAAAUGAGAUAUACGCUUAAUACCUUUGUUUAUAAAGAUUACACAAUACAUAAUAUUAUAUUAUUAUAUGUGCCUUUACGUUGAUAUUAAUAAAGGCAAUAAAAAAAAUAGUUAAAAAAAUGAAUAAAUAAUAAAUAAUUGAUACACCAAUUUAUGAACUGUGAAUUUUGUGAAUUUGAGAUGUGUAUAUUUCAUAUUUGUAUACUUAACUGUCUUAAACCUAACAAAAUUAUGUGCAAAAUAAUAAGCGAUUAAAAAGAAACAGUAUUGUCUUGACUUGCUAUACCUUGAUUUAGAUUGUUUGUGUAUCAAGUUGUUUUUAAUUCAAAAAAAAUAAAAUAUUUUAUAUAACAUGUGUAAGCAUAAUAUAUUAUAAGGUUCAAAAUAAAUGUAUAUUUCUCAAAAUAAGUUGCUAAGAAACAGUGUAUUAAUGUAUAAAAAAAAAAAAAAACGAAAAUAUGUCAAUUACCAAAUAGUGUGAAUAAAAUUGUUAAUAUUAUAAUACUUUGUUAUUAAAUAUAUGAUAAUAUCAUUAUGUAUCUGUGUAACAGUCGUUUUGAUGCGAUAAAAAUUGUAAUACAUUUAUUAUGUUUAAUGACCAUUCAAUCCAUUGUUCACUAAUCACUAUAAAUGGUAACGCUAUAAAUAAAAUUGAUUUAUGAUUGCAUUGUUUUAUACUUUAUAAACUUAUGUCACAAGUACACGGAGUCAUCAAUGCUACGCAUGUAUCUAUAAUAUUAUACCCAAUUAGUAAUUACAUAUUUAUAAUAUUGUAUUAAAUAAAUAAAAAAUAA